GUACCGUAACAGUAUUUCGAGCUUUGCCGAGAAUAGACGGGAUCUGUUUCCCUUGUUUUCUAUUUCACUCUUUUGGAAAUACCUUAGGACUAACUAUGGAUGAUGAUGACAUCCCAACAUUUUCUUCACAGUCUGAAGAAUUGGAAUACUGGAAAAGUAAAGCCCAAGAAUUAAAAAUAAGUCUAAGCGAGACAAAGGAAGAACUAGAGGAAUAUCAGAUCAGUAGUCAGGAGUUGGAAGCUGAGCUGGAGACACAACUAGAGCAGUCAGAGGCCAAGGUCAAAGAUCUCACAGUUAGCAAAGAAAGAUUAAGUAUAGAAUGUGAUAAUUUAAAGGAAAAACUGGAGAUGUCCCAGAAUAACUACCUACGGCAGAUCAACGAGCUGCAGGAUGAACUAGCACAAAUUAAGGCCAUCCGGGAGGAACUUCAGAAAUAUAUCAGGGAACUUGAGCAGACAAAUGAUGAUUUAGAAAGAGCCAAAAGGUGAGUGUCUUUCUUUCUCCCCCUCUCCUUCCCCUUCCCGAUCUCUUAAGUUGAUAAUGACCUGCUUUAAUAGAAUUCAUGAAGCUUUUGGCAAUCCUGUUUUUGGGGGGUACGCAUUACAUGUAUUUUUGUUGCUACAGUAUGUAUUACCACGUCAGCACAUAAUUGUACAUAAGUGAGGUUGUAGAUCUAGGAAUAGGAUGGCUUUGGGAGUUUGGGUAUAUGAUUAUGACUCAGUUGAUUGUUGAGAAUUAGAACCAUCAAUCAUACAUGUACAUGUAUAGCAUGUACACUUUACUGGUAAAUAAAACCCAGGAUAUCUGAUAGUUAUAUUUGAAUAAUCAUCACUUCAUGAUGUGACCUGAAAUUUAAUCUGCAUUUUUACAAGCUGUAAAGUAUAUUUGCCCAUUUUGAAUUAAAAUCUCAAUAAAUAGUAAAGCACACACAGACACUGUAGUUACAUGUAUGUACAAGGCUAUGCAAUAUGGAGUAGUUUCCUAUGGAAGUGUGCUUAUAUACAUGUAAUUGUUGAUGCUUGCUGCAAUUCUGCUGAAAAUGUGAGGACACACUAUUUUAAAACUUUAAAGUACUGUAUAAGCUGUAAUUUUCGCGGGGGUUUUAUUUUCGCGGAUUUCGCGAAUUGCCGAUCGGCCGCGAGUUUAACAACACGCGAAAAUAUUGACACACUUCUUAGUCAGUGCCAAUGUCCCCAGCAGCAAAGCUUUGCUAUUGAAAACAUACUGUACAGUGAGAAAAUGGAGAUAUGCACCUCUAUAUGUACAAAAAAUAAGGCUUAGAAAGUACAGUUAGUGAUUCAAAAAGUUACCUAGAAUUUCACUUUUUUUUAUUUCUCAAACAAAAUCAGAGCCUAAAGUAUUUUCUAACAUUAUUUCAUCAAUAUCUAUACACUCACUGUUAAUACUAGGCGUUGUGGCGUGCGCCUGUAAUCCAAGCUGUGGGGAAGUUACAAAUUGAUGCAGAGGUUCGAGGUUCGAGCCCUGGUCACGUCUUUCGGAUGGUGACGUUAAAGGUCGGUCCCAGACGUAAAUAAUCAUAUCUGAUUGAUAAACGUCUGACAAAACUCAAAUACACACACUAAAAUGUAUUUUCCAUGAAAUAAUUUGAUUUUAUUGUCAUCUGAUUGACUCUAUACACACGUAUUGACAGCUAUUUGCAUACUCAUUAAUAUUCAUAAGUCACAUGACCAGAGCUUUUGAAGGUGAAGAUUCUGUUCACAAAAUUCCAAAUUUUUGCACUUUUACCAUCUUUUUGAAAAAUUAAUAGAACAAAACACCAAUUCUAAAGAUUGCUUAACCCUAUAAAUUACAGAUCAAACUGUGGCAUGAUGAAUUUUCAGAUUUAAAGGUAAAAAAAUUGAAAUUUAAACCACUUUUUUCCACAUUUUGUAACUGUUUUUACAGGGACAUAUUUAUGUACAAAACACACAUCAGCAUGGAAACUUUGAGGAGUAGAGAUAUGCACGUGAUUUGCACUAGAUUUACUUCUUUUAAGUGCUGUGGAAAUAUUUUCUACAUCUUCCGAUCGCGAAUUUAACAACCCGCGAAAAUGUCGGGACCCCCGCGAUUCGCGAAAAAUUCUGUACGCGAAAAUAACAGCUUCUACAGUAUUAAUGUUGUAUCAACCUUUGAACCUUUUUUUUAAUUUAGAAUUUAGAUGAAUUUACUGGGUUUAUGGCAUGUCUCUGUAAAUAUUCUUACAGACCUCAGGCCAAUCUGCACUACUAGUACUAGCACUACAAUGUACAUAUGUGUAUAAAUGCAGGUGAUAAAUGUGGCAUCUCAUUUCUUCCCUCAAUAUUUUUAGUUUCAUCUUGCAUGCUCCUGCUGAAAAUACAUAUGACUUUGUACAUUUACAUGUAGUUGAUACAUGUACAUGAUACAAAUUGUACAUGCUGAGCACUAUCUUCAGUUUGGUAUGAUAACAGUUUUAAUUUAUGGGGUAACUCCCAAAGCAGCUGUUUUGUAUAGGCUGUCAGUACAUGAACAGGAUGAUAUCUUCAUGACAGAUAGAUCUGGCAAUGCUCCUGUGAUAUGCUAUCAGCAGCUUGUUCUGCUAUGAAAUAAAUAAAUCAAAUUUCCUGGGAGCAGGGGUAUGACAGGAAUGUGGCCUGAAGUUCAUUGCUCUACUAUUGCCCCAAUUCCUUUCUCUCAACCCAUGGCCUUCCAUAAAUAUGGAGUACAUGUACAUACAAAUAUGCACACAUUGUACAUGUAGGCCUACAUGUAGCUGGACAGUGAAUAGUUUAACAUAAAGUUUGAAAUACCAUUUAAGUACAUGUUUAAUUUUCGCAUGUUAAGUCUGUAUGAAUACAAUUUUCCAUUACCAGCUACAUGUAAACUUCAAAUCUGUGUUGGGAGGGGUAUUUUUUCAUUCACACUGUACCUGUACUUGAAUAGGCCAAUACAUUUGACAUAUUUUGCUUUUAAAUUGACAAGUAUCCACCCCCUCUCCCAAGCUGCCUUUACAUCUACAUGUAUGUACCUCCCCCUUUUACAUUGUGCAAGAAUGUUCGAUGUUUUGAGAUGCAUAUUGGACUACAAGUUCUUAAAUUUACCGGUACUUGCCAACUUGUCAAAAAAUCUUUAACAAUAUUGAAACAAUAUUUUAAGUAGGCCUACAUGUAGGCCUAAGUACUACAUGUACAUGUAUUUGUGUCAAAGAUAAAUGCUAAAUUUUCAUUCAUUCAUGAAUCAUGAGGCAAUUUUAUUAUUUUUGAAAAACUUCAAAAAAAAUAUUGUGAGAAGUGGGAUCAGUUUGAAUGCAUGAAGGUGCAUGGCUGUACACAGAAUUUUUCAGUGGGGGGGGGGGGGGUACAGGACGCAUUUAAACUGAAAAAAAAACAACUGAAAAGUAAGGGAGUGAAGCGACCAAGCUUGUCAUUGGGGCACUUUUGCAUUUUGUAAAGUGAAAUUGAAGGAUUUUUUACUUUCAUGCAUGUACACUUUUGGUGAAUUUUGUGAAAAUUUUCAAUAAAAAUAUGUAAGUUUUCAAAAUUUCUUGGGGAGGGCAGAUGCCCCCUGCCCCCCCCCCUUUGCUGCGUACAGUGACUACGGUCACAAUGG